AGCUUGGGGGAGAGCCUCGCUCCGUCGCUUUUACCUCGCGCUAGCUAGUAGCUCCGCCGCAUUCGUACGUGAUACGAAAGACACGCGCCCGUCAGAGUUACGUACAGGCUCGUACAAUCGCUUCUAAAUCUCCUGCGUGGGACGCGCGGGUGCUUCACGUCGGCUGCAAUCGUCGGGGAAUUAUGCGUGCGCGUGAAGGGUAGCGCGAGGAACACGCAGUGAGAAGAGUGAAGUUAAAGUGUGCCGUUGUAAAAAUUCAUCGUGCCGGUGUGACAGAGCAAGGUGGGUGUCAUCGGAGGCGGCUGAAAGUCUCACGGUGAACUCGUCCAUCUGACUGUCAGGCCACCAGUCAGUCGGUUUAAACGUCCGAGUGCCACGAGUUUCGGCAUUUUUGGCGACCUUUUCGUCGUCGUCCCGUCGCUCCGUUAUCGUCCAAAGUAAUAACGGAAGGAGAUCCGAAGCGAUUCGUGCAGAGCUGGGUUGUCGCUGCGUGCCUCGCCGCAUUUUAGGAUUUACCACGUUAAUCAGCCGAUUACAAAAUGGGUUGCUUUGGGAGCAAAGACAAGUUGAGCAAGGAGGAUAUGGAUUUCUUAAAGUCGCAUACGAGAUACGAUGAAACGGCUAUAAAAGACUGGUACAAAGGAUUUAAGCAAGAUUGUCCGAAUGGUUGCUUAACACCUGCAAAAUUCGUCGAUAUGUACAAAAUGUUCUUCCCAUCUGGUAAUGCGGAACAAUUUUGUGAUCACGUCUUCCGUACAUUCGACAUGGACAAAAACGGCUAUAUCGACUUUAAGGAAUUUCUGCUAGCUAUUGACGUAACGUCUAGCGGAACACCAGAAGAAAAACUGAAAUGGGCUUUCCGCAUGUAUGAUGUUGACGGAAAUGGUGUUAUUGACAUACAAGAAAUGACAAAAAUUGUGCAGGCAAUAUACGACAUGCUUGGAGCAUGUUCUAGUAACAGGCCAGUGGACAGUGCAGAAGAUAGGGCUAAAACUAUCUUCGCGCAGAUGGACGAAAACAAUGACGGUCAGCUUACCCAAGAAGAAUUCUUAAAGGGUUGCCUCCAGGACGAGGAACUUUCCAAGAUGCUAGCUCCCUAAUUUCAACACUUUCGGACCAGUCAUUUCCAUGAUGUCCCAUCGUCCAAAGAUAUUCAUGAAGUACCAAACAAUUGAGCAACAUCCUCGAAAAGAAUUUGAAAUACAUCUACACCUUGAAUGCGAAUGACUCUUAGUAGGAGGUUCUACGAAGGAACGGCAGUUAUCGGUGUGGUUCGACGAGAAUUUGUCCGAACGCACAAUUCCCAGACACAGUCGACAAAAGUGACGACCAAACUUGUUCCCUUAUUAAAGGCUGAUCUUGAGUUGAAUCACCGAAUUACGUAACCUUCCGAAGGAUUCGUUCGAGAAUCAUUUUACGGAUUUAGAUUCGACCGUCAUCGACGCGGUACAAAAGUCAUGUACACUCUGGAGACGUAGCACGCGAACCGAAGGACCGUAGGUCGACGGCUUGUACGAGGGACACCGAUGCAAGUAAAACACACAGCCGAGAAACGGUGCCCUGGACACUUCGAGCACCGAGGAAAUCAACAUCAACGAUCAACCCUUUAGUUACACUAGUUACGUUAGCACAUCGGCAUCAAAUAAAAGAGUUCGAUGAAAUCGCAUCGGUAUCGUUAACCGGUGCUGCUAUGACAACUAUCGUAAAAUUGAUGUUUAUGGUAAACGUAAUUACUAGACGUAAUUCGACGGGAUUUUUCAAUGUUUCGAGAUCGAACAACGAAGGCAUUUUCGCUCGUUUCGAACUUGAACGACAACGACGAAGUACUAGAAUGUCUUGUGGAUAAUGAUAACACAACGAAUUGCGAGGUGGUAAUGCCAAUAAGUGGAGACUCAUCAGUAUCGUAGAAACUUCCGUCGUUGCGUACGUUUGUCUUAUGAUUAUUUUAAAAGCGGACGCAUUGGUGUUUAGGUUCGUGUUUAUUGGAAAUACAGAAAACACUGUUCACAGUUCCCAUAAAUGUUACCGUUAUGCUUGCGUGUUUGAUUUUCCGAUCGUGCACAAGCAAGAGUCUUUUUUACAUAACACAGAAAGCCACAUUAUACUGACUACGAUCAAUUUAUAUAUAUAUAUAUAGACCUGUUACAUUAUAAAUGUUAUGAAUUAUAGAAUACCAUAUAUAUCAUGUUACAUAUGCACACGCAUAAGUACAUACAUAUACAUGUGUGUGUAUGUAACAUUAUGUUGUAAGGGUCAUAAAAAAUCAUUUUGCAAUGUGCAUCAGAUUCAAUAUUUCAAGCGCAGGUCCAUUACAAAAGAAAAGGAGUCCAGUAAAGUAUUACAAGUACGAAUAUGAUUUGGAUAGAGUGAUCAUGUACAUGAUAGAGUGAAAACUAAAAGGUAACUUAAUUCGUAGCUUAGUGUUAGAUCGUGAUCAGUAACACGUGACCUGUUUGCAAAAGAAAUCAUUCUAUAAAUUACAUAAUUCGCAACUAAUAAAUUGGUUUACAAUAAAGGGACUUAUUGGAAUCGAUUGUCAAAUAAUUGAAUUCUACGCAUAGCGGUUUCCGCUACAGCUUACUGGCACACCUACAGAGUUUUACUAUUCCCUUAUUCUUAGGAAGGUGUCGCUAGUUUUAUUUACAUCUAAUAUCUCGUUCGACUAAUCUACAUGUUCGUUCGGUUAUGUAGAAAGGAAUAACCUUACUAUUAACAUAAGUAGCUUAUUUGUAGUUGGUUUAUGACGGACGUAAACCCGAAUGAAAUGUUUAGUACUUGACUUAAAGGUGUCUGUCCACGAAAGUGUACAAUGCAUUUGCUUCUUCUUAAGACUAAGUAGUAAAGAAAGCAAAAGAAGUAUUCUGAAUUUCUCUUCUGUCACUUUAUUUUGUACUUGAUUCCGUUGUCCUCUUUCAGUUGGGUCUCUAAUAUGAAUUUUUCCCUUCGAAUUGUUAAAUAUUUUCUAAGCUGUUUUUAUUUUAUAAAUCAAUCAAUCGUUUUCCUUUUCCUUUUCGUUGAGGAUUUUAAUGCUGUUGAACAUUCGAAAAGGAAGUCAGAGACCAGUAUCUACUAGCAAUAAUAUUCGACCAAACGUGUAUUACUAUUAGGUCGAUAUAGUAGGAAUGUAAUUUCUUCUCUUAAGCAAAGAGUGUCGUUAAAGUACUUAAAAUUUAUGAAUUUAUAAAUUUCUUCUAGAAUAUACUCUCAUUAAGACAUUCUCAAGAGGUUUAUAGCGCUAAUAUUGAUCGUCGAACAAGAAGUGGCUAUUUACUUACGUACCGAUAUGCACGCCGUGCAAUCGAAGUACUCGGAAAAAACGAUUGCACUAAUCACGUAGUUCUAAAGGUAUAUUAAAAUGUGUGCAUAACUUCAGGAGUCAAUUAUUCAGAUGUAAUACGGGAAAGGUUCGUAUAAACGUGUGUACUAUUUGACUUUGUUUCCGCUUUACUAUCAUUCUUGUAUUUUCAUUGUUUUCGUUGCAACUAAGCUAUAGUAAUGAUCGACCAAUCAGAAUGCUACUUACAAUUUGUAACGUGUGAAAAAUUCAAGAAGAAAGCGUUGUCAUAUUCCGAGUUUAUCUUGAAGACAAACAUUUACGAAAAUAGCACGCCAGCUCAGUUUCUACAAUAAUCUCUGAAAUACAAGUGUGUCUGUAACUCGGAAACAAACGAGGGUCACUUUCUAUGUGCUUAAUUCAUGCCUGAAAUUAAGACCACAUGUUUCGGUAGAUCCUGUAUAUUAGGCUAGAUACAUAUCAUUGCCUCCUCUUGAAAAGUAAAUCGAAGCAAUAACUUCCACUUCCCCUUUUUUCACUUCUUACUUGCUUCGAUCAAACUUUCCACUAUUUCAGUCAAUUUUAAACGAGAAAGUAUCCUAUUGAUUCACACAAUAUUUCGCAUAGCGCGCGCUUCUUCUCGCGCUGGUACACAUGUCUUAAAUGUAUUAUAAUAAGAAAUGUAUAUAUACUAUUGGAUAUAAUGUAUAGGAGAAACAAGACCUACGUACGUGUAUAUUUUUUCGCUACAGUUUUGUAAAUCGAUCAUGUUUGCUGUUUUAAAAACAUCGUCAUGGUGUUGGUUUCCCUUUUGAAUUAUGCCGCAAAAGAACUUCGCAGGAAGUAAAACCAGAAGAAUACGUUAUUUCCUUUUCGUUUGCUCGGAUCACUGGUAGACCAAUGAUAACCCGCGCACAACAACAUCGCGAAGGUAGAACAGAGAAAUACAAACAUCUUGGCGCUGUUCUUCAGUUGUAUUCCUAAGAUCAAGAUAAUUUUUGUGUUUUACGUUAUUCAUUGAUUAAAUACUCAGUUUCUAAUCUUCUGCACAAUUUUUAAUAAACUGAAGAAGAAUACACAACAAAGCAUCACGAAUUGAAAGUGCAGCAAUGACAAUCGAAAUAAUAAGUUUCCUUGUUGAAAGAAUCGAUGAAUUUUAUAAAGCUUAAAAAGGAACCUAAAGUGCAUUAUAUCUUACGAAAGCAUCUUAUCAAUUUAGUUAGCAUUAUUGCACAUAGAAUCGAAAAAACAGCGAUGACAUCACAGAAAUCUUUAAGUGAUUCGUUGAUCUUGAAAAACGAUCAUUUUUCAUUAUGAACGAAUACAACAGUAUGUGACUAUGCUACGUGUCUUUGACGAUCAUGCUAUAUAUGUAAAACAUAAUUUUCAAACUUUUCCAGCAUCAACAACCAAAUUAUCAAAUUUUCAUACUGUUUACAUUACGAAAUAUUUUAACUGUCUUCAAUAUAUGAUGCCAUAAUAAAUUCAUUUUACCCAGUUUAGAAAAUUAUAAGGUAAAAAGUUACAACCUAUCACACAAUUAGGAAAUGUGUUUUUAUAUGACAAAGAAUAAUAAUAGUCUAUUAUCAUGAUAUGAAAUCUGUUUAAAUUCCAAUGUUCAAAUAACUUUACUCUUUCAUCGUAUUUGGCUAAUCGAUACAAAACUUUUUUAAUCGCUAUAUUUACUCUUACUUUAAUAGAAAUGCUCAUAUCUAUGCAUGGUAUUUCUAAUAAUUCCAUUUUACGUUCCAUGUGAUUUAGAAUAUAUGUAAUCUACUAUUCGUGCUGGAAAAAUAUGCAGAACGGUGUCGAUUUUGCUUUAAAAGUUUGAAUAGCCACAACUAAACCAUCGUGGCACGUAAAUGUAUCAUUAAAUACUUUCAACGUAUGAAGUCGACUCAUUCCAAAAGAAUGAAAUCUUAUCGUUUAUAUGUAAUUUUACACGGUAAACGCAUUACUGAUCGUCAUAGAAUCUGUUCCAAGUACCACGCGAAGGUGGAGUCAAUUCAAAGUAAAAAUUUAACGAAACAAGGUAAAAACGAUAAAGAUAAUUACAGUGCAUAUGAGAAAUUUAACUACUUAUGCUAUUCCUGCAGUUUAUGCAAUUUUAUAUUUUUCUACGCCACUCAUUCUAUCAUCCUCUCCCGCUCUCCUCAAUCGCAAAUAUUUAUCGCCUAUUAAGACAGUGUUGUCACCAAUGAAAUACCUAUAGUGCAGUCAACAAAAAAAUCGAUUUGUCAGACUUCCUAAUUUGCAGAGUUCAAUGGAAACUUACCCUUUUUGAUGUUGUUUUUACGAACUACUUACAAAGAAACCUUUACGCUUUAAUGAAUUUUUGUUUUCUGGAAGCUAGGUUCUGGAAAUGUUGAUGACCGUUGAAACUUUAAAAACUUAAAAGUCUUCUUUACUUAGCAAAAGUGAUUCAUUUGUUGACUCUAUUACUGGUAAUGUUGUCUCCCCGGGCACACUAUACUACCAUAGGUCUUCAUAACACGUGUAUGUACACUUAUCGCGGCAUCUAUUCGAAACAGACUGUUAAUCCCUUGCCCUAUGAUUUGUUUCUUAACUUUGAUCAAUACAACCACUUUGUCGUUAAUAAUUAUAUUUAAAAAAGACAAAGAUUGUAAGCAUAUUCUGUUUAUGUUUGCUUUUAAGUAUAAUGGUUGAAAAAUAAUAUUUACUUUCGAUUCAAAUGAAUCGAAUAAUAUUUAUAUUUACUAAACCAUGUUAAAAUUCUUCACCACGAGUCUGACGCGUUGUUAUAAGGCAAGGGGUUAAUUUAUAGAAUUGAUAUUGAGUGCAGUUUAUGUUGGUAUGUUUACUAUAACGGUGUAUAGCAACAAAAAAUAGGAUAUAAGAAUCUGCAUAAAAUUCUCAGCUUAUUCUAGAUAAUACUGUAUUAAUAAUCUAUUUUUUUCUGCUACAAUCAUCUUUUCUUCAUUCCUUUUCCACGACACAUUCUCACUAUUUUGCAGUCAUUCGAUAAUUUACGAACCAUCUUACAAUUAUAAUAUGUAUAAGCGACGAAAAUCAAACUCGUUAACGGAUUUAGAAGAAAAUGACAUUCUUUUAAUGGAGGAAAACUUACAGCAAAUUCUUCAUGUCCGAGAAACUUUCAUAAUUUCUUUAUCAUAUAAAAAUUAAUAAUACCAUCGUUGUUUAUGAUAUGCUUUCUACAAAACAGAUUCCUUGUCUAUACGACUAUGUGCUUUUGAUAACGAUCAUAAAGCUGUAAGGACUAUCCCUAGCAAUCGUUCUUUUGUUUCAAUGGAUUGGAAAUCUAAAAAUCGUUCAUCGAGGCACUAAUUUUCUAAGCAGCUUAAGGUAAUGAAACGUGAUGAACUUUGUAUUCCAAGCAAAACGACAAUCAUAUUAAUGGGAAACUAAAUUAUAUCCUUAAAAACAAAACAACAACGCGACAAAAAUGUUGAAAUACGUAUCAAACUAUACGUACGAAGAAUGUUAUUACUGUUACAGCUUUAUAAACGUUAGCAGAAGUACAUGAAGAAGGUUUUUUUUUAAGCAAAUGAAGUAUAAAUAGCAAUAGUAUUCUUCAAUUUCAAUGUAGCGCCGAAGAAUUUUAGGAACCACGCAUUUGAAAUCUACCACGUACUUUAAAAAAUUUAAUUUUUGAAUUAAAUUUGAAAUUAAAAUGUUUCGCUAUAUCGAACGAAUUUACAAUUUUCAUAAGAUUCCGUUCUUUAAUUAUAAAUUUAAUUUUAGAGUUUCACAAAAGAAGUAUAAUUCGCAAUGACACUUGUCGAACUCAGUUUGAACUCGGUUAUUUUUUUAAUGUGUAUAUUUAAAAGUCAACUAAAAUGUAGAACUUCUUUUCAAUCUGAAUUUCAGUUUCUUUUAGAAUCUGAAUGAAGAUCAUGUAUCUUUUAAGGUAUAAGUAACGAUCAAUACUAUCUUCUUUAAGAAAAAAAUUAAAUACAGAACUUGAAUAAUCGUAAAAGAAUUAAUAAUUGGAUCAAUGCAUUAAAUCGGUUAAAAUAGUCAUAUUGGGAAUUAUACCUGUUGCGAUAUGAUGCUUCCAAUUCAAAAUGAAAGGCGAACAUUUGUUUACUUUUCCGACUAUAAGUACGAUUAUUAUAAUAUUAUUUACCGCAAUGGACAUUACCAUAGUUUUAAAGUUUGCUAACACUUACUCAUUAAUGAAUUCAAUUUCUCAAUCAAUGACAACAGUUAUAUUUAACGCAAUCUUUGAAGCCAUAAAAUUAAAAAAUAAUUGUACAUAUGUUUAUUUAUGAUUUGAUAAUUUAUUUAUUUAUUUCCUUUAAUCUGUCCUUUAUGGUUCUUACUUAAGAGAAACGUCAAAAAAUGUAUAUGUACUUCCUGACCGUUAUGUUUCAUAUAUACAGUGUUUCAAAAAUAUAUGUCACGACCAACCACCUUAGCUUAACUUUACCCUUCGAUUUGAUGUAAAAGAAUGUAAAAAAGUGACCAUAAAGUUCAUUCUGACUUGAAAAAAGGUAGUUAAAAUUUUGUAUUGCUGCACCGUGCUCUACUCGUCACGGAGGUAAAUAGUCCGAAAGCAUGAUGGGUCGGAAAUUAUUCGUUUGUUUGCAAAUUGCUGUUAAAGAUCCUAUGAGAGGGUAAAGGACUACGAUAUUCAGUGUCCUUUUCUGUUACACGAGUAUCGAUUAGUUGGAGCAGCGAAUGCAAUGACUGCGUUGACAAAAUGACAAAAUAUAACGCGAUUUGACACAGGAUGAAAUCCAAUGAUGUCAAGUCCGGUGACUCAUCGUGUAACAGAAAAAGACACUGGAUGUCGCGAUUCUUUACUUUCUCAUGGGAGCAAUUUGCAAUGGCAAUUUGCAAGCAUAAGAAUAACUUCUGUCCCAUGAUUAUUUUCAGAAUAUAUACCUACGUAAUGAGUGGAACACGAUACAACAAUACAAAAUUUUAACCCUUCUUUUUAAGGUCAAAAUGAAUUUUGCGGUUACUUCCUUAAAUCUUUUACCAUUAAACCGAAAGUGUAGAAUCACGUUGUGAUCGUGACAUUUUAUAUACAAUCAUCCUGCACAACAAAACUUUAAAGAACUCGAUAUUAACACGUUGA